UGAGUGUGAAAAAAGAGUGCGUGGUCUCAAGUAGACUAACAGGGGUGGCCUUGUGCUGAGCUUCCCAGCCCUUACUCACGAUGGAACCAAUCACGUUCAUGGCCAGGAAGCAUGCGUUCCCGAACGAGGCCUCGGUGGACUUCGGCCUCCAGCUAGUGGGCUCUCUGCCAGUCCAUUCUCUGACCACCAUGCCCAUGCUGCCCUGGGUCGUGGCCGAGGUGCGCAGGCUCAGCACCUCCAGGAAGGAGCCGGUGAGCAAGCAAGUGCGGCUUUGCGUCUCGCCCUCUGGGCUGCGAUGUGAAGCGGAGCCAGGAAAAAGUCAGCCCUGGGACCCGCUGCUGUGCUGCAGCAUAUUUGAGUGUCAGCCUCAGCAAGUCCACAAACUGAUCCACAACAGCUACGACCCGAGCUACUUCGCGUGCCUGGUCAAGGAGGAUGCCGCCAGCCAGCAGAGCGUCUGCUUUGUGUUCAAAGCGGACGACCAAACAAAAGUGCCCGAGAUCAUCAGCUCCAUCCGCCAGGCCGGGAAGGUGGCCCGCCAGGAGGAGCGCCACUGCCCCUCGGAGUUUGACGACGCCUUCGCCAAGAAGUUCGAGGUGCUCUUCUGCGGCCGCGUGACCGUGGCCCACAAGAAGGCCCCGCCGGCGCUGAUCGACGAGUGCAUCGAGAAGUUCAACCGUGUCAGCUGCAGCCGGAGAGCCGCCGCCGCGGACCUGCCGCCCGGGAACUCGGAGAGGCCGGCCCCCGUGGGGGGCUCCGGGCCCGCCGAGCCGGGCCGCCGCGCCGGGGAGCAGGGCCGGCAGCCCAUGCGGAAAUCCUUCUCCCAGCCCGGCCUCUGUUCCCUGGCCUUCAGGAAGGAAUUCCAAGACGGAAGCCUCAGAGGCAGUCGCUUCUUCAGGUCUUUCGAGGAAAACGACACGGAGAACCACCUCCUUGGUGGACACAAUGUCGUGCAGCCGACGGACAUGGAGGAAAACCGCACUAUGCUCUUCACGAUCGGCCAGUCCGAAGUUUACCUCAUCAGCCCCGACACCAAAAAAGUAGCGCUUGAGAAAAAUUUUAAGGAGAUCUCGUUUUGCUCUCAGGGCAUCAGACACGUGGACCACUUCGGGUUCAUCUGCCGAGAGUCUUCCAGCAGUGGCGGCAUUCACUUCGUCUGCUAUGUGUUUCAGUGCACAAAUGAAGCUUUGGUGGACGAAAUGAUGAUGACCCUGGAGCAGGCCUUCACGGUGGCCGCGGGACAGCGGACUUCGAAGGCCCCCGCUCAGCUCUGUGAGGGCUGCCCUGUGCAGUGCCUGCAUAAGCUCUGUGAGAGGAUAGAGGGAAUGAGUGCGUCCAAAGCCAAGCUAGAACUCCAGAAGCACCUGACAACGUUGACUAACCAGGAACAAGCCACCGUUUUUGAGGAGGUCCAGAAACUGAGACCAAGAAAUGAGCAGCAGGAGAAUGAACUGAUUGUUUCGUUCCUGAGGAGUUUCUAUGAAGAGAAACAAAAAGAGCAUGUUCACAUCGGGGAGAUGAAACAGCCUCGGCAGGUGGCAGCAGAGACCGUUGGGAGUGAAUCACCACCCAGAGCCACUCGCUUUAGGCUCGACCUGCUGAAAAGCAGAGCAAAGCGAUCUUUGACGGAGUCUCUGGAGAGCUUUCUGUCCCGGGGCAAUAAAGCCAGAGGCCUGCAGGACCGUGCUGGAAGUGUGGAUCUGGACAGCUCCUUGUCCAGCGCAUUCAGUAACGCCAGCAAAGAGCCAGCGGUGUGUGAGAGAGAGGCCUUGCCCGUGCUGGAGAGCUCCUUCAGGCUCCUCGGCUCCUCAGAUGACCUGUCCAGCGACUCCGAGAGCCACCUCUCCGAAGAGUCUGCUCAGCUCUCGCCCCAGCAGGGCUUCCGACAGCGAGCCAACACCCUGAGCCACUUCCCUCCGGAAAGGCAGGACCCUGUGGAGCCCGCCGAGGCGUCCCCAGCCGUCUCGCCAAGGAAACUUUUGAGGUACCACUCAGUGAGCACAGAGACGCCUCACGAGCCAAACCCGAACCCCCCGCCCGCCGACGAGGCCCCUGGCGGCGCAGGCCAGCCGCCAGCUCUCGCACCGCCACCUUGGCUUAGUCCCUCUGCCUCCUCGCCAAAUGUUUUUAAGUGCCUAAAACAUAACUCCAGUGGGGACCCCGGUGGCAAUGCCGUGCCAAAGAGCAUCUCCUACCGUAAUGCCCUGCGGAAAAAACUUCAUUCUUCCUCCUCUGUGCCAAAUUUCCUAAAAUUUCUGGCUCCUGUAGAUGAAAGUAACAGCUCUGACUUUCUGAACCCAAAAAGGGAUUUGGAACCCAAAGCAAACCACCCAGCGGAUGCCAGUGGGACCCCCAUGAAGACACGAAGGCAUUCGUGGCGGCAGCAGAUCUUCCUCCGAGUGGCCACCCCCCAGAAGGCGUGUGAUUCUCCGAGCAGAUAUGAAGAUUACUCAGAGCUGGGAGGAGAACUGCCCCCUCGGUCUCCCUUGGAGCCAGUCUGUGAAGAUGGCCCUUUCGGCCCUGCCCCCGAGGGGAAGCGAAGGACGCCCCGGGAGCUCCGGGAGCUGUGGCAGAAGGCUAUUCUCCAGCAGAUCCUGCUCCUCCGGAUGGAGAAGGAAAACCAGAAGCUGCAAGCCUCUGAACACGACCUGCUGAACAAGCGCCUGAAGCUGGAUUAUGAAGAAAUCACUCCUUGCCUUAGAGAAGUGACCACGGUCUGGGAAAAGAUGCUGAGCACCCCAGGGAGAUCGAAAACUAAGUUCGACAUGGAAAAGCUGCAUUCGGCAGUUGGGCAAGGUGUGCCUCGCCACCACCGGGGUGAAAUCUGGAAGUUCCUUGCAGAGCAGUGCCACCUGCGACACCAGUUCCCCAGCAAGCAGCGGCCACGGGACACGCCGUACAAGGAGCUCUUGAAGCAGCUGACCUCCCAGCAGCACGCCAUCCUCAUCGACCUCGGGCGGACCUUCCCGACACAUCCCUACUUCUCAGCCCAGCUGGGAGCCGGGCAGCUGUCGCUGUACAACAUCCUGAAGGCCUACUCGCUGCUGGACCCGGAGGUGGGGUACUGCCAGGGGCUCAGCUUCGUGGCCGGCAUCCUGCUGCUGCACAUGAGCGAGGAGGAGGCGUUCAGAAUGCUCAAGUUCCUCAUGUUCGACGUGGGGCUGCGGAAGCAGUACCGGCCGGACAUGAUUAUCUUGCAGAUCCAGAUGUACCAGCUCUCGAGACUGCUGCACGAUUACCACCGCGACCUCCACACGCACCUGGAGGAGCAGGAGAUCGGCCCCAGCCUCUACGCCGCCCCCUGGUUUCUGACCGUGUUCGCCUCCCAGUUCCCGCUGGGCUUUGUGGCCAGAGUCUUCGAUAUGAUCUUUCUUCAGGGUUCAGAGGUCAUCUUUAAAGUGGCACUAAGCCUGCUGGGAAGCCAUAAGCCUUUGAUCCUACAGCACGAGAACCUGGAAACCAUAGUUGACUUCAUCAAGAACACACUACCGAACCUGGGCUUGGUGCAGAUGGAGAAGACCAUCAGUCAGGUGUUUGAGAUGGACAUCUCCAAACAGCUACAAGCUUACGAAGUCGAGUACCACGUGCUCCAGGAAGAGCUCAUCGAUUCCUCGCCUCUCAGCGACAACCAAAGGAUGGACAAAUUGGAGAAAACCAACAGCAGCUUACGCAAGCAGAACCUUGACCUGCUCGAUCAGCUGCAGGUGGCCAAUGGUAGGAUCCAAAGCCUCGAGGCCACGGUGAAGAAGCUUCUGACCAGCGAAAGCAAACUGAAGCAGGCAACCCUGGCGCUGGAGCUGGAGCAGUCCGCCCUGCUGCAGACCCUGGAGGAGCUGCGGCAGCGGCAGGUGACCCAGCAGAGCAGCACAAAGCCGGCGGGUGACUGAUGGUGGGGAGAGCCUCCCCAGCACCACCACCCCCUAGCCCUCCCCAGGGGAGACUGCACCACCACCUCACCCUGCCCAGGCCUUAAUGGAGAGACGGGAACGCGAGCGAGCGGGAGACAGCGAAGCGUGGCGCGUGCUUCUCAGGGAGGAAGCUGGCUCUGCCAGCACCCGGUUCUUCUGAAGGAAGACUUGUGACUCCAGGGAGCGAGAGUUCACUUGUUUUUCAUGUUGUGUUAGGUCCCAGUUGGACCUUUCUCUGGUCCCGAUACUGUCCUCAGUAGACUUAGAUGGCAUGGACACGAAUAAAUGCACCUUUAUGUUUC